AUGUUACGCACCCGACGGACAAACACCCAAACGCUGGAGGAUACCUCCAACGCCCCCGCAACCUUCAACGAUGGUCUCCCGUUACCCAAGCUGAUCGCAUUCGACCUGGACUACACUCUCUGGCCCUUUUGGGUAGACACGCAUGUCAGCGCUCCCGUCAAGCCGCGCGAUAACAACACCCGCUGCACCGACAGAUGGAACGAGUCCUUCGCCUUCUACCCAGCCGUGCACUCCAUCAUUCUCGCCUGUAAAUCGCGUUCGAUUCCCCUCGCCCUCGCCUCGCGAACGCACGCCCCGGAUCUGGCGCGCGACAUGCUGAAGGGCCUCCACAUCAUCCCUACCUUCUCGGACAAACCAGCGACAAAUACGAAGUCCACCCGUGCCCUGGACUACUUCGAUUAUAUCCAGAUCUUCCCUGGCACGAAGACGCAGCAUUUUGCCCGCAUCCAGCAGGCCAGUAGCAUCCGAUACGAAGACAUGCUGUUUUUCGAUGACGAGGCGCGCAAUCGCAACGUGGAGACUGAGUUGGGCGUUACAUUCUGUCUGGUCAGAGAUGGGAUGACCCGGGAUGAGGUCGAUCGAGGUGUGUGGGCGUGGCGGAAGAGAAAUGGCAUCAAGCCUCCACGGCCGAUAGAGGAGGAAAAGAACUGA